CAGUAACGAAAAAAAAGCAAAGAGAGCGGAAAACAAAAACCGAGAGGAGCGAGCAGAAGACGAAGAAGGUGAGUCGAUUGUUGUGGCCGGUGAUUCCAAUUUGCAGUAACCAACGAGUGACUGAGUUAGCGAGUUCUGCAACUCACACAACGCUGUUAGUGAUGGAGAGCGCUUUUGCGAGCGCUUCUGCGAUUACAGACCAGAGGCAAAAGAUUGAGCAAUACAAACAAAUCCUCUCCGCUGUAAUUUCAUCCAAUGAUAUUGCUCAGGCUCGGAGAUUCAUUGAUCACAUGUUAUCAGAUGAUGUUCCGUUAGUAGUGUCACGGCAGCUUCUGCAGACUUUUGCUGAAGAAUUGGGAAGAUUAGGGGCUGGGACGCAGAAAGAGAUUGCGCAUUACACCCUUACUCAGAUUCAGCCUCGUGUUGUGUCAUUCGAAGAGCAGGUUUUAGUUAUUAGAGAGAAACUUGCUGAACUUUAUGAAUCUGAGGAGCAAUGGUCAAAAGCAGCUCAGAUGCUCAGCGGUAUUGAUCUAGAUUCGGGAAUGAGGGUGAUUGAUGAUACAUUCAGGCUGUCGAAAUGUGUUCAAAUUGCUUGUCUAUAUCUUGAGGAUGAUGACGCAGUCAAUGCUGAAGCUUUCAUCAAUAAAGCAUCAUUCUUGGUUAGCAACAGUCAGCAUGAAGUACUGAAUUUAAAGUACAAGGUCUGCUAUGCCAGGAUCUUAGAUAUGAAGAGGAAGUUCUUGGAAGCAGCCUUACGAUAUUAUGAUAUAUCUCAGAUUGAGAAAAGGCAAAUAGGAGAAGAGGAGAUUAAUGAGGAAGCACUUGAGCAAGCUUUAUCUGCUGCUGUUACAUGCACGAUAUUGGCAGCCGCAGGACCUCAACGUUCCCGUGUUCUUGCCACAUUGUACAAAGAUGAACGGUGUUCUAAGUUGAAGAUCUAUCCUAUACUGCAGAAGGUGUAUUUGGAGAGGAUUCUUAGAAAGCCAGAAAUUGAUGCUUUUGCAGAAGAAUUGAAGCCACAUCAGAAAGCUCUUCUUCCUGACAAUUUUACUGUGCUUGACCGUGCUAUGAUUGAGCAUAAUCUUCUGAGUGCAAGCAAACUUUAUACUAAUAUCAGUUUUGAUGAGUUAGGCACGCUGUUGGGGAUACCACCUCACAAGGCCGAGAAGAUAGCAUCAAGAAUGAUUUACGAGGAUAGGAUGAGGGGGUCUAUUGAUCAGGUUGAAGCUAUCAUACAUUUUGACGAUGACACUGAAGAGCUGCAACGUUGGGACCAGCAGAUUGUGGGUCUAUGUCAAGCUCUGAAUGAUGUUCUGGAUAGCAUGGCCAAGAAGGGUGUUCCGGUUCCUGUUUGACAUGGAUGAUUGACAAUUUCUUUGUUCAUACAUUCUUAGUAAAGCAUCCUUUUUUCCUUGGUUGAUUUUUUGUGAACUUCAUUAUAGAUACAGUAACAUUAAUUUCCUCACAUAUUAGAUUCCAGAUUCGGUUUAUCUGAGGGCUCAUUUGGAUUUCGUCACUGCUUCUGCUUAAUGAGUUUCUGAUGUUCA